GUACAAAAGACGCGUGGUUAAAAACAAAGAUGGCUGCCCCCACAAUAGCCGUAUCGAGGAGAGCUGCCACUUUGACAAACCUAUCUAAAAGAGAAAAGUCGAAGAAAGGUGCAAAAUCGAAAAACUUGUUGUGCCCAGAGCUCCAUGAGUGGCCCAGACCGAGCUCGGAGGUGGAGGAUGAGAUCUUGUCCAAGCUGACAGAAUGUCUAAAGGAAGUACCGAGCCUCCUUAAGGCAAAGAAAAAAGAUCAUACGCAAGAUGACACAGAAAAAAAGGCUAAUAUGAGGUCUCAGCUUAUGAUUGGUGUGAACAGCGUGUUUCGGGGACUUGAGCGGAACAGCCUGGAGUGUGUCCUGGUCUCCGGCAUGGCCACUCCGGCGAUCAUCGCCACUCACGUCAUCUCCCUGGCUGAGGAGAAAGGCUGCCCCCUUCUGUGUAUCGAUCGGCUGGCACCUGCGGUUGCUGACUCAACAGACUCAAAGUGCUGUCCCUUGGCCAUCGGAUUUAAGAAAAUGGUUGAAGGAGCAAAGCGUGACUUUGAAGAUGUCAUUUCACUGAUCCUGGCAAAUACGUCGGUGAAGACAGAAUGUUACGUGCCUUCACAUACCAGUGCACUCCGACCUACAGAGGAACCAGUUCCGGGGGAAAAUUCUUUGUGGCCCUUCUGCUUUGAGGAGGACAAGGAAAAGGAAGUCCUGGAUAUGCUCGUCAGGACUUUCUCUGAUGCACCAAAAGAAGUGGUUAAGGACGAGAAAAAGAUGCAGAAGAAGAAAAAGAAGAAACAACAGAAAAAGAAUCUGAAGGAGAACUUCUGCAAGUCAUUCAGCCAUCAGUUUGAGGUUGGGAAGCGGACAGUGCUGCAGAUCUUAGACAGAGGAAAACUGCAACUCAUCCUGGUGUCAGGGGAGCUCAGGAAUGUUUUGGCAGCAGAAUCUUCAUCAAAUAACGCGUCGUCCUCUCUGCUCCGACUGGCUGCCAGGAAAGGCUGCCUCAUUGUCUGUCUGAGAGGCAUGAUAGAAGUGCUCAAGCCUUUCUUUGGAGGGGCAGGUGUGGCAUUUUUGGGCUUGAAGAAAUUCACAAGUCUUGAAAACCCACAAGAGCUGCACUUUCAACAUGUUGUGGACAAAAUCAAGGAAAAGCUGGAGGGCCUCACACAAGUCUCCUUACCAGCCAUGACAGAUGGGGGGGCCAUGCGGUCCACGAUGCUCCCACUCACGGGAACCUCACAGCUUGAGGGCAGCCAUCGAGCUGAGACCAUGUCUGAGAAUAAGACAAGUUCUGCCGAAAAAAUGGAAAGUGAUGAGGAAGAAAGUAAGACAGGUUCUGUCGAAAAAAUGGAAAGUGAUGACGAAGAGGCUGAUGAAGAGGAGGAUUAUUCUUACCUGUACGUCCUGAAGAAAGAUUCGAAAGAACUCGCUGAGAGGCGAGAGAAAGAGAAGCGGGAAGCGGAACAUGCUAAAAAAGACGCGUCUUUUGGAACAGAUUUUAUUUCUUUAUCUGGUGGUUCACAGAGCAGUACAAAGAAACCUGAUGUACCCACACACCGACAAAAAGAUUGUUCAUCAAAUAAAGGUAAUCAGACUUCCGUGUCUAAAAAUAACUCCGGGGAAAAGGACAAGCAAGUUCCCUCGGGUGUGGCCUCAUCAGAGAAUAUCGCGAUCUCGUCACCAUCAAAUGGGAAAGAUGAGAACUUUUUGGCUUUUUCUACGUCAGACAAUGUUUCCAGUACCAGUUCCUUGCCGGAGGAAAGAGAAAGUACCCCAAGUGUGCCUGACAAAGAAAAAACUGUUGAGAAGAAUGAUACUGAGAUGGAGUGCAGUGGUCUUCCUCUGUUCUUACUCGACCGGUCUAGACAGCCUGAUUUGACGCAAUCGAAGAAAGGGCAGUCAGUUCCUUCCAGCCAGAGCAUCAACUACGGAAGUGACAGGAAGUCUCUCUCUAGCAGCCCCCAAGUUCUUGGAGACGUAGGGGGACCCAGUUCCAGGAAGGGUGAAGAGUUUCUGUCCCUUUCUUUGUCGUCUUCUUCUAAAAAUGCAAAGAAGUCUUUGAAAAGAAAAAUGGAAAAUGAUUCAAGCUUCAUUUCUUUUGCCUACAAUGAGACUAACAUAAAGACUAUGGUGGCCAAUGUGGAUAAAAAGAGGAAAAAGAAGAAGAAAAAGUAGCAUACCUGGGUUUUUUUCCUGUCAGCUUUUAGUUAGUUGCUUUCUCUACAUUGUUAUAAAAUAAAGCAAGAAUUACUGCUAGAGAGAGAGGGAGGGAGGGAGGGAGAGAGAGAGAGUUAAGAGUUCCUGUCUAUAGACACACAGAGCUGCUUGAUGCUUGUGCGAGUGAGUUUGUGCAUCGUUAUAUUUGUAUCAUUGUAUAUGAAUGUACUGGGUGCAUUUUUUGUGUUGGUGCUGAAUCUUUGUAUGUUGCUGUUCUGGUGUUCUCCAGAAAUUUCCCCCGAGAUCAUUAAAGUUUAUUUUAAACUAA